UGAUCAACUCGCACGUUUGUGUCUGUCCGCGUAAUAAGUGUGUGCCUGUACUUAUGUGUGUGUAUAUGCAUGUGUGUGUUUAGAGGGCAGAUACAGUAGUAAGUCGGAGUGAGGUGGCAGUCUUCUUCCACAUAGACGCAUGCAAGCAAGCAAGAGUUGAACUUGGAGGAAAGGAAAGGAAAGGAGCGGUGCGAUGGCGUGUGGACGACUUCUUUCUGGAUCAUCCGGGAUUUUUUAAAAGUCUCCGUUGUUCCACAAGCGUUAAGAGGCAACUUGCUCCGAUUUAAGCGCACGUCUCUGCAGAGGAAUAGCAACAAAGAACGGGAGCGCGCAUUCAUGGGACGCGACUUUGACAGGUCUCGGUGUCGUCGCUUGUAACUUUUUCAUACUGACAACCAGCAAGGAGAUCAUGGCCGAGGCUGCUCUCCCCGAUGCCUUGCCGCAGCUCGACGUGGCCAUCGACCCGGAUUUCGAGCCCCAGCAGCGGCCCAGAUCUUGCACCUGGCCCCUUCCACGUCCGGACUCUAGCGCCGUAAAACCGGAGAGCAAUGACAUCAUCCCCGAGGAGGAGGAUGACGAAGAGGACGGUGCUCACCAGCAUAUGGUGGUCGGUGUGAACGCUUCUGGCGUGGCGACAGACGACCAGAGCAGCAGCAGCCCGCUAGCCGACGGCGCGCUCUCCUCCCCGGGGCAAGAGAGCGGAGGCUCCCCGAACUCCUCGCACUCUCCGUCGGCCACCUCCGGGGCGCUGACCCCGAGCGGCUUGGCCAUCCAGCAGACCCCGAGGAAGGCUUCAUCUCGCCGGAACGCCUGGGGAAACCUCUCCUACGCCGACCUUAUCACUAAAGCCAUCGAGAGCGCCCCGGAUAAGAGACUGACACUGUCGCAGAUUUACGACUGGAUGGUGAGAUCCAUCCCGUACUUUAAGGACAAAGGCGACAGCAACAGCUCGGCAGGAUGGAAGAACUCCAUCCGGCACAACCUUUCCCUCCACAGCCGAUUCAUUCGUGUCCAGAAUGAGGGGACUGGCAAGAGUUCCUGGUGGAUGAUAAACCCCGACGGAGGAAAAGGCGGAAAAGCUCCUCGCCGCCGUGCCGUCUCCAUGGACAACAGCAACAAGUACACCAAGUCGGCACGUGGUCGUGCCGCCAAAAAGAAGGCUGCGCUGCAAGCCGCGGCGGCAGCGGCCGGCGAAGGCACCGGCGACAGUCCCUCUGGUCUGUCCAAGUGGCCGGGGAGCCCGACGUCGCGCAGCAGUGAAGAGCUGGACGCCUGGACAGACUUCCGCUCCCGCACCAAUUCCAACGCCAGCACUCUGAGCGGCCGCCUUUCCCCCAUCCUGGCCAACCCGGAGUUAGACGAGGUUCCCGAUGAUGAGCCGCCCCUGUCGCCUAUGCUCUAUGCCAGUCCUGGGAGAGCUUUGUCUCCAGGGAACGCAGCGAACGCGCCUAACGGGAAGGCCGUGCCCACAGAGUUACCCCGUCUGGCAGACCUGGCUGGUACCAUGAACCUGAAUGACGGAAUCACAGAUGACAUGAUGGACGAACUGCUGGACAACAUCAACUUGGUGCCAACCACUCCGGGACAAGUCCCUUCAAACGGGUCCUCAGGGUUCGGUUUUGUCCCCAAAACCAACGGGCUGGUCUCCCCAUCCUCCACUUCUUCCCCCACCUCCAACUCUUCAUCCAACAGCGGAGGCAACUACAGCAACUCCAUCUUCGGCCCCCACACGUCGGGCUCUUCCCUGCGUCCGUCCCCCAUGCAAACCAUCCAGGAGAACAAGCAGACGUCCUUCUCCAGCAUCGGCACUUCUCGCUUCGGUAGCGUGACGUUACAAGACCUGCUCAACUCUGACAGCCACAGCCACAGCGACGUCAUGAUGACCCAGUCGGACCCGCUGAUGUCACAAGCCAGCGCCGCCGCCGUUGUUUCUCAGAACUCACGCCGCGGCCUCAUGCUUCGAAGCGAUCCCAUCAUGACGUUCGGAAGCACUGGAGGACUGCAAGGCAGCCAGGGGGAGAUGCACCAAAGCAACAAUCACAACCAGAGCUCCAUAAGGUCCAUGAACAGAGGCCUGAAUUUAACCAAUGAAGUCAACGCUCUGGCUAACGCCAAGCAGCAGCUCCUUCUUUCACCCUUGGGAGGAAAUGGCUCUUCCUCAAUGCAGAUUGACACCUCCAUCUUCUUGAACGGAGCAGUGAGCAGCAACGGGGGAGUCUGCCAGGAUCGCUUCCCCACAGAUCUGGACCUGGACAUGUUUAACGGCAGCCUGGACUGUGACAUGGACUCCAUCAUCAGGAGUGAGCUGAUGGACGCCGACGGCCUGGACUUUAACUUUGACUCUCUGGCUAACAUGAACGGAGUUGGCAGCUUCACAAGCACCAAGCAGGCUUCUCAGAGCUGGGUACCCGGUUGAGCGGCGUCACCGUGGAGCAGGUCUGAACUGUGUUACAAGAGAGAGAACAACUCAGACACGCACCCUUUUAUUUGCCAAAACCAGCCAUCAGCACAUCAAAUACCAACCUUGUGUUUACAGAGGAAGACUUCUCGAGAGCUUUAACGCUUGCUCCCACGCCUCCUCCCCCCCGCCAAUGAAGCGGGAAAGAUCCGACGAGACUUCUCGGAAAAGCCUCCUGUGAAACAACAAUAACAAAAAAGUGGUGGAAUUAUGCAAGCGUCCUCUGUGGCGAUGAAAAAGACAUCAGAUGAGACUACAAAGACUGAUAAUAACAAAUGGCUGCACGGUGUUGCUUGGCUAGGACUGGUGUAAAUCUCAUCCGGGGGGGGGGUUGUGGUGUAUUUACCUCUGUGAUUUUAAAUGUUCAGUGUUUUUGGUUUUCCUGGUCUGCAAUUGCUUCUAAAUGGAAAUCAAUUAGAGAUGAAACGUCAUGCACUUCAACUUGGCUUGAAUUUAAAAGACCGAGCGUUUGAUUACAGAAAAAACAAUGAAUUUGUGGGUGUUUGUACAGGAUAAGAAGGAUUUUCAAUUUGGCAAGUUCAGGGGGGCGGGAGGGGGCGUUCAUCACAGCAUACAAUGUAGCGAAAAGGGGGCGCGAACAUUUCCGCAGCAUUACAGGUGCUAUGUAAACAGUGUUGAAUUUGUCGUUGCGCGCACCACCCGCCUGCAGAAGCCUACACCUGCAGCCACUCGGAGCAGGGCGAGGCCGACCACGUGCACAGUGGGGGGGUGCGGGGGCGGGGGUGUCAUUCCUCCAGAAGCCAUUUUAUUUCUCCAGAAAAACAAUAAGCUGUUCUCUUCUUCUGUAUGUUGCCAAAUGACUUGAAUCAAGCAGUAGGAUAUGCUGGCAGCCAAAAUCGCAACACUCAUAUGCACAUAACAUCUAAUCACACACACGCAGAGUCAGAUAUACAGUACAUAGAAAUACCAGGGAUCUGUGUUGUUGUCAUCAGCUUAUGGGGCUUUUUAUGCGUAACAUAGAAACACUCAGGGGGAGGGAGGGAAGGUGGGCGACGUAUUCUAAUGGUAUUUUCAUCCAAGUAAACAUUUCCUUGAUUAAAUGUAACCGUGAUGCUUUGUGAACUUGUAACCUGUGAACUUCUUUGACCGUCAAGAUGAAAAGGAAGGAAGGUAGGAUUCAGUUUUUACUUCCCUCCCUGCCUCCUCCCUCCCUUUUUUUUACUUUUGUUUUUAAUUAAAAACAUUUGGGGGGAUAUGAAGGAGUAUUAAAGCCACACUGAAAAGAAUAAAUACAUAACGGCACGAACUGGAAGAGAAUCAAGUUCACGUAGUUUGGAUGAAACAAGGAAAAAAUGGUAAGAUUACCAGCAUGAACGUGUUUUUAACAAAUAUUUAUUGAUGGUCUCUGAUUUGUUUCUUUGUAUGUUUGUGUCGCUAUUUUGACAUUCACUUGUCACACUUCAGACUUUAUUCUUCUUUCUUCCAAGUCUUUUUUUUUUUUUUUUUGGAAAAAUAUUUUUUCCCCCCGUCCUCCUUACUAUGUAGUACUUUUUUUUUUUUUAAUUGAAAAAAAACAUACGCCUUGUAAGAUUACCACUUUUUUGUUCCUCCAAAAAUACAAUUUUAUACAUGGAAAAUUACUACAAUUUCCCAAAGUUCAUUUUAUUCUUUGAAAUUAAUUUUAUUAUUUGAAGUCUACAGUUUUUUCCAAAAAAAAAAUAAAAACUACAAUUCAAGUAGAUUUGAAGUAAUUGUCAGAAUUCUGCCAAAAAAAUUUAUUACGAUUUAAGAUUUUUAUGUUAUCUUGUUAAUUAUUUUUUAUCCACAAAAUGUUAGAAAAAAAAAUUUCUUUUAAUAAUAAUCUUGAAAGAGGAUGUCUUUCUCGAAAAAAUAUUUUCUCAUCAGUUUACAUGCCCCCCCCCCCAAUAAAAAAAACAAUCGACUUUAUUCUCAUGAUAGUACGACUUCUUUCUCGUAAGAUCACAACUUUCUCUCUUGACAAAAUCUCGUAAAGUUACAGCAUUUUUCUAAAAAAAAAACCCAAAAGUUUUCUCGUAGGAUUACUUUUUUAUACGUUUUUGUACAAUUACUACAAAAAUACAUCUUUAUUUCUAAAAUUCCAACUUUUUCAAAAAUUACAAAAUGCAUAAAAUUGCAAAAUUACAUUUUCUCAAACAAAUUUCUCAAACUUUUUCCAUUCUUAUUUUAUUCAUGCACGUUUACCACUUUUUCCUAAAAAAAAAAAAAAAAAAAAUUGCCUAUUAUUGCUGACUUUUUUUCCCCCCAAGACACGACUAUUCAUGCAAGAUUAGGACUUUCUUAAAAAAAAAAAAAAAGAAAAGUUACAUUAUACUUGCAAGAUUACGACUUUUUCCCAAAAAAGUGACUUUAUUCUUGCAAGAUGUGACUUUUUUCUAAAAAAAAAAAAACAAAUUCACAUUCUUGAAAGAUUUGAAAGAAACUUUCUGAAAAAAUGAUGAAUAUUGCAGGUUUACAACUCUUUAAAAAAACAAAACAUACUAUUCUUGCAACCUCUAUUCUUACUUUUUUGACAAAAAAUACUUGCAAGAUUACGACAUCUAAAAAAAAACAAAAAACGAGACUUUAUUUGACUACAAGAUGAGGACUUUUCUCCAAAAACUUGACUAUUCUUGCAAGAUUUCAACGUUUCACCCCAAAAAAUAUGACUUUGUUCUUGCAAGAUUGCAAGCUUUUCUUUAAAAAACUUUUUAUUCUCAACAAAAAAAAAAAUCAAACUUUAUUCUCACGAGAGCUUUGUUGUCAUUUUUUUUUUUAAAUAAAUAUGUGGCCCUACUACUCCUUCCUAUUCAUCCAUCCAUUUUUUUUUUUUGGGGGGGGGGGACUCUUUUGACAUCCUAGCACACAGUGACACACCACCUGGUGCUCGUGCAGGCUACUUCCUGUGUGCGUGCGUUUAUUUGCGUAAUCCCGCCCUUCUCCUCAGCUGUGCUCAUGUACCUGUAUGUAUUUAUGCAUUAUGACUUGUGUGAAAUGCAUUUACUCACUGUAUGUGGUCAUUAUAUGCCCUUGUAGUACUUGAUCCUUGAUACCUCGCAAAGUUGAAGAAAGGUUAUGUGUUGCAGGUAGAAGGGAACACUGUUGCCAGCAAAUGUAUCCUUGAAGCAGAUUGUGUAACCAUUGUUGUAGCAUCUGGAGGCCCGGGGGGUAGCGACAUGAAGGGUUUGCCUCCGCUGGUGUAUAAUAGUGUACAGAUGUGUGUGUAUAUACAUUUAAAUCUAUAUCACUGAGGCCAAGGCAGAAGAGUGCAAGUGCACGGUUUUGUUUUGUUUUUUUAAAGCUUUAGUGCACGACCAAGCUGGAACCACUCAAAUCUUCCGUUGGUGCCGUCCCUUGACAGGAAUUGUAACACAAAGAGGACACCUGUUAGCACUCACACACGAUGUUUAUAUUUGCUGAAUCAGGGCUUGACAAAGCAGCACUUGAACCAUCCUCCCACUUUUUCAUGACUAUUAAAUGUGUCUCUGUUGUGGAGGAAAAACUGGUUCAGUGUCACUUUUGCCUUUUUUUUUCUUUUUUUUUUUUUUUAAACAAGCUAAACUGCUAAGCAUUUGAAUUGAACUACACUGACUGUACAAAAUGUACACAAGGCAAAUUUCAUUGUGUUUUACACUUUGUCGUCACAACCACUCAUACUACACACACCUAAAGCUGAAGAGACAAACCACUAAACAUCGUCAUCACCUCAUUUCUUCCUAUUCCUGUCUCAUGAGCUACUCUUGUAAAACAAACAAAAAAAACCUCUGACCUUUGAACUUUGUCCUGUAUUAAUAAUCUUUUCCAGUUGAUGUUAGUGGGUAUUCCUCCUGUGUUGUCAUUUUUUGAACUGUAAUCUAGUUUGUAUAAGAAAUGGUGCGCAUGUAAAUAAAGCUUGGUCAGGCUCCGCGUC